AUGGUUACCGUCAAGGCAGGCGAUAACCUCACAUGUCAGAAGGGCAACCCUCUGAAGAGCACUAUCGCAUCAUCGUCCUCUAUUAUACUCGACGAUCCCAUGCACAACUUUGUGAUGGAUAUCCUUUUUAAAAUUGCUGAGGAGUUCCGUCUUCUCUGCGAGCGUCAUAAAAGCUUCACAACAGCACUUUGUUCUCCCUCAGACAAAAAAUACACCUUGUUUACUGGCAGAGAAGAGGACCCACGGGUAUUCACAGGCGGAGGAGAGGGUUCAUGGGUCUUUGCGAUGUUAUUAAUAGUGGCGUGGGUAUCGAUGGCGAACGAAUGA